UUUGACUUGAGAUUGAAGUCAAGAAUACCAAAAACUCUUCUCAUUAACGUCCUUCAAUCUUCUUCUCCGUUACACAAACCCUAUAAAAUCCAUCACUCCCGUUCCCAAUUUCCAACUCUACAAUCUGCUCUCCUUCAGGUAUUAUCACUACCCUUGUAAUCCUUUCGCUUUCCAUUAACUAAUUCUUGAUCACAUCACUCUAAUUUUGACAGUGCGUGGCAUGAAAUCUGCUCGUAAAGCCAUGGCCAUGAUGAUCCCUGAACAACAAACUCAAAAUGGUACUCCUGAUUCAAGGUUGUUGUCUGAUAGAUUAAGCUGUCUUGAAGAAUCAAUCAUAUUUCAUAUUUUUUCGUUUCUUGGUGCUAAUGAUACCUUCCGUCUGAGUUUGCUUUCCAAAAAGUUUAAAGAGCUUUGUUUCAACAGCCCUUACUUAGACUUUCAUGUUAAUUUUGACUCUGAUCGACAAGAACGGAAUUAUCUGUUUUAUGCCAAAAAUAAUAAUGAGUUGUUGUUGCAUAAAAGAUAUACCCAGUUCUGUAAAUAUGUUGAUAAUGUUAUGAGGUCGAGGGAAAAGCAUGGGACUGAGAUUGUUAGGUUCAGUAUACAUUGGUUUGGUAAGGUCUACAGUACUGUAGGGUGUAGUAUUAUUGACUCGUGGGUCAAAUUUGCUACGCGGUGUAAUGUUAAGGAAUUGGAUAUUCUUUUAGAUUUUGAUGGUUGGAAGAACUACUGUUUACCUGGUACUGUUUUUGGAUGCCAAUCUUUAAAGUCUUUGAGAUUGAAUCUGCUGAUGAAUUCCUUUUUUUUGGCUGAAGAAUAUAUGGUUUCGGUUCAGAAAUUAGUUUUAGUUUCAGUAAAACUAACUGAUAAGCUAUUUGGAGCUAAGAUUUCUGAUAGGUGGGGUUCUUUGAAAAGGUUAGAUCUUGUGAAAGUUCGGUGCAUUUAUGACCUUAUCAUAUCCAGUUCGUCUCUUGAAGAGCUGAACUUGGACGACUGUCAUUUCGGGAGUCAUUAUUGUGAUUGGCAUUUAACCAUUCGCAGUUCAUCUUUGAAAAGUGUGACUAUUUCCCGGUGUCUUUUUGUGACCCUAUCUCGGAUAUCCUUCAGUUGCCUCUCUCUUGAGAAUUUCACAGAUCAUGGAUCCAAGUUUAAGAAGUUUGUGGGUUUCAAGUUAUUUUAUCCUAAAAAAGUCGAACUUUUUGGACCAUACGAGUCUGAUAUCAUGAAAGUUUCUGCCUCUCUUGAUAUUUUUCGAAUAUUUGGCUCCCAUUUCGAGAAUAGCUGCAGUUUUUUCAUUUCUUAUCCAUCUGUUAAGCAAAUAGAGAUUUCCAACUGCAAGUUCGCAGAGUUUUGCCAGCUUAAAAUAGAUAGUUCAUCGCUACUAGACUUGACAAUAUCAGAUUGUGAAAUAGUUUCUCCAGAGCGUAAAAAUUUCAAUACAGACCUCAAAAGGCGAAUUGUUAUCAAUUCUGAAACGCUUGAUACAUUGACUUUAAACUCAUUCGAUAAGUACUCAAAUGAGUUCCCAUUGUCAGUCGUGGCUCCGAAUCUUCGGACUAUUAGGUGGGGAGGAGAUCCUGUCGAUUUUAGUUUUUUAGAGAACUUCAUGGCACUUGAGGUUGCUGCAAUUGCUAUUAAGCCUUCUUGUCAGCACAAGAGCAGGGAAUUAGCUUGCUGUUGCAAGCAUUUCAAGAGCUCAAUUUACUGUGUCGCUGCGCUACUUCAAAGUCUAAAUCAUGUCAAAGUCUUGAAAAUCAACAUCUGGCCUAUUGAGAUGUUUUUCAUGCAAAACGAUGAGGUAAUGUAUUUCGAUAAUCUCGAGCGUUUAAUUCUGGUCGCUGACGAUUCAUUGGUUGAACAAGUUCCAAUCAUUGCCUCCUUCCUCAAAGGAUUGCCAAAUCUAAAUACUCUGUGGAUUAGGUGUCAGAAUAAAUCCCAUUUAAUUGGUGAUCCUAACUUCAUCGACUCGUUAGGCUUGUGUGGGAAGUCCUUUGGUUUUGUAAUCAGUGAGGAUGUGGAGAAGAUAGUGAUUGUGAAGCUAGCAACUCAAGCAGAAGGCUCAAAUGUCAAUGUCAAUUCCUUACUAUAGCUUUCUGCCUUAACAUAUCUGUAUAUGAUACAAGGAUACAGUAAAAAUUCCAUAUGCGCAAGAUUAGAUAGUUUGCUAGCUUUUGAUGUUUUACAAUGUUCUCCCAUUGGAAAACAAGUUUUAUAUGCACAGGGAUUAACAAAGUUGGUUAA